UUAUUGAUACACACGAUAAUCGCUUAAGCGAUUUAGGACAAGUAUAACAAAGCACGGCAGUCGUGUCUUUCUCGAUCUAACUGGCGCGAGUUGGGCACAGCAAGAGAAACCACGUCCUUCUCCAGCUCCACUUGAUCUUUUCAACGCAGAGGACGUUUUCCUCUUCCUCUGCUUUAACCAGCUGGUACCGCAUCGAAUACAUUCACAACCGGAGCGUUAGCAUCCAUUGAGACGACAUGACCCAGCCAACGAAGCCGCUGGAUCUUUAUUCGCUGCAGUCGGCUUAAAACUGUAGGUCCCUCCAUUUGUGGAACAACAGCAAGACGCACACCUCAAAUAGGAGGAGGAGCUCGGCCAAACACCUAAAAAAGGGUGCACGCGAAAAUAAUAAUUAUUUAUGUCUAUGUCGUCGUAAAGCUCAUAGAGCUCUAUGUUCCAUCACCUACGAUAAUCGCCGUCACCAGCAUACAAAGGUCCGAAAAUCUUCCUCAGAAUAUUUCUCUCAAACACUCCAACGGAUGCCUCAUCGGAUAUUGUCACCGUCCAAGCUUCUGCGCCACACGUAUUAAGACAGACAUGAUGAGAGUCUUAGAAAGGGUUAGCUUUGUUUGUCCAGAGAAAGCUUUACUACUCAAUUUCCUAUUUAAUCCGAAGUACCACUUGUGGGCAAGAGAGGUUCUCCGUUGGAUCUCCAGGCUGACAUUAUUAUCGAUGUUAUUACUGGUUCCUAAAUAAAUGAAGUGCCCUACAACCUCAAAAUCUUAACUGUCAACAGUGAUGUGAGGGCCGAUACGCGAGAUAUGUAUGCAAAUUUUCUUUUCCUGCAACGCGCCUCCACAUCCCAAAUGUUUUAUUUCGGUAAUGUCCAAGAGUUUCCACCAAAGAACGUAUAUGGACAAAAAGCAGUAGGUCCGACCCGUUUUACUAUCGUUCCCACGACAGUCGGUUCUACGUAACCGCAACGACCCGGAUUUAUAUCCGGCCAAGGAUGGUCACUUCAACAGCAUUCCCCGUUUCUGCAUGGGUAAUGUUUAUUAUGUUAUAAUCCCGUUUUACUAACUAAGCUCACUUAGGUCAUUUCUUCAGGCACAAAAAUCUACCAGUUUUAAUAUGCAGGAGAAAUAAGUCAAAUGAUCUAAGAAGCGCAACGAGAAAGGGACCGCAGUUUUUUGGCUUUACACGAUCUUUGGUUUCACACCGUUAGAAAAUUUGAGAUUGAAGGCUAAUUGACCUUUAAAGAGUCAACAAUUUUCCGGUAUUAUUUCUUAUUUUUUAUUAUCCAUUUACACCAGGAAUACUUAUUAAAAAUUAAUGAGACAUUCAAAAGACAUCAAACAGACAUCAAAGAAAAAUAUGAAAGACUCAUAACUUAUAAACGAAAAAAGGUUCAACUCUUAUUAGAACGCCUGCAUAUAUACAAAUAUACAUCUGCUUGAACCCACUUUCCGCACAACUAAAAAUGCGUCGCAUCUACUCCACGAACAUACUCAAGCAACCAUCAUCCAAAGACGAAUUACAACAAGAACGAAAACGAAGUCUAUGUCGGCCAAUCGCCGUCGAACGUCCAUCUGAGUUUCCACAAAUAAUCAUUGCACCGGAGGCCUUAACUGCCGGUCGCUACGAGAUCGAAACUGCACAGAAAUGGCUUAUACUACCAGGUAAAAAUGGACGCCAGCACAAAUUUCCACUACAAACUAUAUUGCCAAAAGUGCAGAUGAUGCGCACAGUGCCACCGAAGCAUUUACCACGCGAUGUUGAAGUCGAUCGGCGUCGACGGCAAUAUGGUAAACUCAAUUUGUUGGAAAUGUUGAAGGAUGCUGGCUUAAGUAAUGACGAUCUCAUGCCCACCGAAGAGGUUUAUUAUACGCUCUCGGACAAUGCAUGUAAGCACUUUUUGCCGCUGAGUUUCUUUGAUGACUCCGACUUCGAUACAAACUCACCGGCCGCAUGGUUGGCCUUAGCUAGGGUGGAAGAGAGUGACUACGCAUUGCCAGCCAAAGUAUAUCUACCAAACUCGCAAAGUCUAUUGGAUUACUCGUGGCAAUUUGCCGCAGUGACCGCUUACAAUAAUGAGACACGUAAAUGGACUGUGUUGGGAUUGAAUGACGAAUUCGAAUAUCAAGUGCCCACUAUACAGAUAAUGUUUCUCGCUGACGAUGCACAGGUGUUCGUGCAACGUCUCAAAAAAGCCGUACACGACCGCAACAUUGGCGAACGUCUAAUACAAAUGGAAUCGAUUGUGGACUGUGUGUUGCUGCAGGAUUUGGAAGAUGACCGCUUUAUGCCAAACAAACGCAUCGAUAAAUUGCUGCAGAAGAUGAUCGGCAAAUGCAACGAACAUUUUCAACUUCAAAUGCGUACCGAGGUGUAUCUGGUAUUUGAACACUUAAUGGCCUGCUAUGAGUUUGAGAAAUUUGUCAAACUUAUGCCAAAUGAAUUUCCCACUUUUGGUGGUGAUCUCAUAGCGAAUUCCUUGCCACGUGCCUUUAAAUCUAUAGAGAAUAUAAAUGAGGCGAAGAGUGUUAAGAAUUACAAGAUUGAUAUAAAAAAAUUGCGCUACCUUCUAUUACGUGCGACAAUAUUCUACAUCGGUGCCGGCAUUGAAGCCAUGGGCAAUGUGGCUGAUCAGUGUCAAUAUGUCGAAACUUUGUCCAUUUUUUUGACUGGUUUUGUUAAACCGGUGUCACUUAAUGAUUUCCUACAAUCACAGCAAUCGAUUAGCAAUAAUGUGGCUACUUAUUUGAAGAAUUUUUGGCCACAAAAGAUUUCGGCCGGCAUAUCGUUGGUAUUGCGCGCGCUCGGCAAAGGUUGGCUGGACAUCAGUUUGAACAAAUGGAGCGUUUAUCAAAUGUGCAAGAUAUCACGAUUUAUAUUGCAAACGAAAUUUCGCAUGCAGGAGUCCAUGCAAAUACUGUUAGAGAAGUCCAUUAACGCUUUCACUACCUACUUGACCGAUCCUUGCUUGCAAUUCUUGCAUCUCAAACCGGACUAUAAGUGGACUAGUAAUUAUAUUGAAACCGAAUUUCCUUAUGCCAAACCGAUUUUCUAUCUAAUCAUCAGCAUAUCGGAUGCCAAAAAGGUGGUCUACACAACCACACCAGAAGACUUCGCCCCACAAUUGACGGACAUUUUCAAGAAAGCAUUGGAAAAGACAAGCGGAGUGCGUUGCAUUGAGGCAGAAACUUUACUGAAUCUCAAGUUUGCGCCUAAUCUUUACAUCGAAACUGUUGAACUAAUUGAAGAUUUAUUCAUAAAACGGAAUGACUUAUUAAGCCGUUGUUAUACUCAGGGCGCGCUACCACUGAACUCUUAUGCGCGCCUUUAUGACCGUUUCAUCGAUUUCUACCUAUUAAAUGCGGCUGAAUUUAUGCGAGAUUAUGAAUCUGUAAAGCAUUCCUCGUCCGAGGUGAAGCAUGAUAUUUUGGAGCACAAGCGCCAAAAAGAGGAACUACGCGAAAUAUUACCGGCUUACAUUACGAUCGGUCCGUUUCUAAUAAAUGUCGACUUAAUUAAACAAUUGAUGAUUCGAAAACACAUUGAGAUCGUUAAGAAGCUAUUCGAAUACUAUAUACAACGUAUGUGGGACAUAAACGAAAACCUUCUGGAACAGUGCUUAGAAAUACAUAAAAAAAUUACGGAUCGCCCGCAAAGUAUUGAACAUCUCUAUGAGAUACGUGAUUUUGCCGCCACUGUGCCAGAGGUGGUCGAACAGCUGCGUGCUGAUAUACAAAUAAUGUGGCUGGAAUAUGAAAUGUUGGACAGCUUCUUCUAUAAUCUCAGCGAUACGCAAUUCAGUAUGAAAUGGGAAGUCUACGCUUGGCCGCAUAAUAUCACGUCUCGUCUAAGUAACUUGCGGGAGGAGCAAAAGAUUGAUAUCGAGGAAUUUCGACGUGUGCAUUCCAGUGAAUGCAUUAGUUUCGAAGAGCGCUUGGAAUCAUUAAACGAAGAGAUACAAGCAUUCUCGCUAAUAUUCGAUCCGAAUAAGGUGGCCGAGACUGCUGUGGAGGUUAAAAAGACAUGGAAGCAAAUACAAGAAAUCGAGAAACUCGGCAAGACUCUGCAAUAUCGGCAGACACUUUUCGAUUUAGAGGAACUUUCACUGGAAUUUCUCGAAAGUAUUGUAACCGGUUUCACACCCUAUCGCCAAUUGUGGUUGACUUGCUUGGACUUUUUGAAACUUGAAGAAGCGACCAUCGGUAAUCCGCUCGUUAAUAUUGACUUGGAUGAAGUCUGGGCUUCUAUUGAGGAUAUACGUAAAUCUUUGUGGGAAGCACAUGCGAUUUUCUCCGAGAAGCCCGAAAUUCAAGAAGUGGCUCAGUUUUACUUGAUCAAAUGUGAUGAAUUUGUGCCGGUGUGGCAGUGUAUCAAGUGGUUGAAGAAUGAACAUUGGCUCUUCAUGCAUUGGCAAGAGCUAUCGAGUCGCGGUGGCAUGGAAAUUAAAUAUACUGCAGCUAUGAAUUUUGCAUACCUAAUGCGCAAAGGAAUAAUGGCGAAUUUGGACUUGGUGAAUGAGAUAUCAUCGAAAGCCGAAGAGGAGGCAAAUGAGUAUAGAAGACAGUUGGAGGAAGAAGAACGACGCAAGGAGGAGGAAUUGCAAGAACUACUAAUGCGAAAGGCCUUACGAAAGUGUCGAAGGGAUAUACUAAUUGAUGAGCCGUUAACUGACAAGGGUCAAGUUGAAUAAAAAGCUUUAAAUCAAUUUUUUUAUUUCGCAAUUUUAGAAAAAAAAAAAUAUUUAUGUUGACAUUCUAACAGAUAUAUUUUUAUAUAUUUAUAAAAAAUAAACUAUUUGUAUAGUUUUUGAACACAGCCAAGUUGUUUUAAGUGAUUUUCAAUGCAUGUAUGUGAUAC